CAAGAGCCUCGGUAUGGAACCAACCCUCACCUACUACCAACCAUUGGCGAUGGAGUGAUGUACUAUUGGGGUUCAUCCUCGUUAUUGGCUUCUGGCUCAUGAUCGACUCAGAAGCUUCUUCAGCAGACCAUCGAUACGCUUCCAACUUCGCAGCCGCAUUGGACAGCAGCAACGUAGGGAAGCCCAGUUCGAUAUAUCGAGGAGUUUAUACUAUGACGCCUUUGGCUGAUUCUCCGGCUAGCGAGGGUGUACCUACCAUCGAGGGCGAGGUGAAGUUGCAUAUGAUUUCCAAAGGAGCCGGCAUGAAGAUGAUGUCCUUAUCGGAAGUGCUUCUGCGUUUCGAUUACGAUGGCGAGUGGCAUGAGCUGCAACUCUCCCCAGCCAUCGGGUUUCAAAACAACAUGUUCGCCAUGAACAGCUUCGGCAUGCGCCCUCAGGAAGAGCUCAUACUCUCCGGUCGCUCGGACCUGUCAAGAUUCCGUCUAGCAGGGCUGACUCAGCCAGUGUGCGACAUUGGUCCAGCGAGGAUUAUGAUACAUACACCCUCUAGAGACGAGGUGAAUGAGGGCGACGUUCUGCCAUUGGACGGCAAGAAAAUUGCUGUUGGAACGGUUGUGAGUGAAAACUGCGGAUUCAAAAUCAGUAUGACUCUGCGAGAGAUCGAUGUGAGAAAACUGGGGAGGAAAGUGAUAAAUUACUCAAUCUUAAAUAAUAUCAUAACUAUCUUACAAAUUCGAUUCUUUCUGUUGCAAAUGCAGCAUGGUGAGAACAACAAUGGCCACGCUAAAGUGUCUCUAUUGUGUAUCGGUAUUCAAGCCCUCAUGGAUGCUUACGACUCACUUAUACACCUAUUCUUGGGUCUAUCGGCUCAGUUCAUGUUCAACACCUUCUCAGUCGUCGCUCUAUUCAAGUUCAUUCUCUUUAGCAUGUUAGAGGUGCGGUAUCUACUGCUUGUUUGGCGGAGUCGUCGACAGAAUCAGUUCAAUGAGGGAGGUAUGGAUUCAAUACGACGAGAGCUCGGCUGGCUUUACUCACGCUUUUAUGGCACCUUGUUGGUCGGUAUGGUGAUUCUGUAUAAUUUCUACCAGUAUUUGAACGUUCUUAUCAUCAUCAUGCAGUGCUAUUGGGUACCUCAAAUAGUAUACGACAUCGUCCGAGGUCACAAGAGGCCUCUGUCGUGGCGUUUCAUAGUGGGUAUAUCGAUAACAAGGAUGAUUGUCCCCUUGUAUGCACUGGCAUGUCCAUAUACCAUCUUUAAUGGCGAGGUGUACCCAGCAUUGGCAUCAGCACCAAACUCGACCGAAGCCACACUGAUAGUGUGUUUGCAAGUAGCACAAAUAGCCAUUAUGUGGGCCCAGGCCAGGUUUGGCCCCAGGUCUUUCGUUCCGUGGAUUUGCCUACCACACGUCUAUAACUACUAUAGAGCAGUGCCUUCAGUGCAGGAUGAAGAGCUUGGGGCUCCGGAAUGCGUUAUCUGCAUGAACGAUAUCGAUUUAUCGGAGGUCCACGAUCCGGAGUCGCGCCCUGUGAUUACUCCCUGUGAUCAUAUAUUUCAUGCUGCUUGUCUUGAGCAAUGGAUGGACGUAAAGAUGGAGUGUCCGACUUGUCGUGGGGAAUUGCCUGCAAUGACGUGAUGAUGACGUCGAAGGGGAGCUCGUGUGUACCAACUUUGUUUUUGUAUUUCUUCGAAGGACCAACUCUAUUUUCGUUCAAGUCGACUCCCUGUGCUGUUGAGCAUCCUCUCUACUCAUCGUAGACUCCCCCUGUCACUACCCCUAUAUCAUCUCCGUUGGUGAGAUGUGGUUUCGACGGAAGAAAACUCUGAGGAACUCCGUGGAGCUUCCUAUUGUACAGCGCCAUUACGACCAACGACGGGACUUCAUGUACUAUCGAAUUCCUCCAAAUAUCACUUGUUUAUCGUCUAUGAUAUUUUGCCACCGUUCUUCAUUGG